ACACACAGGCUGCUCGCUGCCUUUAGAAGAAGUUCUUCCAGUUUUACAUACUUCCUCAUUGAGCUAGUUUCACUGCAAAGAUGAAGAAGCUCAUUUACUUAGUCUUGUUUAAGACAGCUCUGCUUGCUUUUACAAACACUUCUGCACUUGCAGAUGAACAUACAGAAGGUUUUAAAGAAGGAAAAGCUAUUGAUGCUUGUCCUAUAAAGCUCAAAACCAAUGGGAAAUGUGAAGAAGGAGAGGAAUGUCCAUAUCAGAUAAACCUGCCUCCGAUGACCAUCCAGCUACCUAAGCAGUUCAGAUUGAUAGAGAAGACUCUCAAAGAAGUACAAACUCUUAAAGAUGAAGUAAACAAAUUGAAGAAAUCUUGUCAAGAUUGCAAGUUGCAGGCAGAUGACAACCAAGAAAGAGAUAGUACUGAAUUCCUGGCACCUACUAGAGAAAUCCCCAUGGAGAACAGUAAGAUACAAGAUAAUAGAGUAAAGGAAUUACAGAGCAAAGUUAAUAAACUGUCAGUCAGUUUGAAGAAUGCAAAGAAUCAGAUACAGUCACUGCAGGGUAAUGUGGAAAAAAGAAGCCUAAUAAACAUGGACAAUGUACAAAAUUAUGUCGACAGCAAAGUAGCAAAUCUGACAUCUUUUUUGAAAAAUUUGGAUGACAGAUGUUCUUCUAAGUGUCCAGUCAUACAAUCAAGUCCUGUUAUACAACUAAUGCAGAGAGACUGUGCUGAUCAUUAUACAGCAGGUAGAAGGCGUAAUGGAAUCUACAGAGUUAUUCCAGAUCCAAAACAUAGCAGCUUUGAGGUUUACUGUGACAUGGAAUCAAUGGGAGGUGGCUGGACAGUGCUACAGAUGCGUCAAGAUGGUAGCAUUAACUUCAACAGAACAUGGAAUGACUACAAAAAUGGCUUUGGAAAUCUCAGCAGGGAGUUUUGGCUGGGGAAUGAUAAAAUUCAUCUCCUGACCAAAAGCAGGGAUAUGCAGCUGAGAAUUGAGCUUGAAGAUUUCAAUGGUAUUCGAGAAUAUGCUAAAUAUGAACAGUUCUAUGUAGCCAAUGAAUAUCUCAAGUACCGUCUAAGUGUCAGUGGCUAUAGUGGUACAGCCGGAGAUGCCCUGCACUUCAAUAAACAUUACAACCAUGAUCAAAAAUUCUUCACUACCCCGGACAAAGACAAUGAUAAGUAUCUAUCAGGAAAUUGUGGGGCUUACUACAGCUCUGGCUGGUGGUUUGAUAAAUGUUUGUCUGCCAACCUAAAUGGCAAAUACUAUCACCAAAAAUACAAAGGUGUUCGCAAUGGGAUUUUCUGGGGCACCUGGCAUGAUGUUUCUAAUGGUCUUCCAGAUGGUUAUAGGCAAGCUUUUAAACAGGUAAAAAUGAUGAUCAGACCCAAAGGCUUUGUGCCAUAAAUCAGCACCCUCUGCUGUAACCAGUUUAUAUUAGGUCAUACUAAAAACGUCACGCUUACUCAGUAUCAUAUUCAAAACACAAAUAUUGGAGUAUUUUAACAUUCAGUCCUAAUAUAAUCCUUCCAAGAUGAAAAAAAGUGUCUCAACAUAAAAUGUUUAUUGAUUUCUUCCUUGUGCCUUAUAAAAACAGUUUUAAUGCUUCAGAGUAGCUGUUGCUAAAACUUCAGCAUUGCUAAAUUCUGAAUUUGAAGGCAUUGAUUUUAAUGUUUCAGUUGUACUUUUACUAUCUGCAGCAUACCAGGUUUCUGCAAUCUACAACUUUUUAAGGCUUCUACAAAGGUAGCUGAAUGAAAAUCCAUAUUUUUGCCUGAAAAUAUCUCAAACAUUUCUGAUUACAUAUAACCACCUUAGACACCGAGUUUCAUCCUCUUAUAUGGAUCUCAUUAUAUCAUCUGUGUCUUCAUAAACAUUAAAGAUAGAUCAUCCCAACACCACCAGGAACUAAGAAAGUGGUAUCCCAUUUUAAAUGGACUGAGGCAGAGAUCACCUAAUUUGCUCAAAGUCACAAAGCAACAUUUGACAGAGUCUCUGUCCAGCCCCUUGACCAAGGGAUCAUCCAACCAAGUAUUGUGGCAGAGUUGAACAAAAGCAAAUGGAAAGGGUGCGUAGACUAAGUAUGGAGUGAAACAGCACCUCCACAGCAUGUUUUCCCCCACAAGCUGUUUGCUUUGAAACCAUGCUUUUUGCUUCUUUGAUGAAGGAAAGUUAACAGCUACACAGCUUGUCAGAGAGCUAUGCUAGCAGGGCUGGAGCAGGAAGCAUCAGAAAGGAUUUUCUUCUACUACUGCCUCCAGAUCCAAAGAGAGAGAGUUUGGUUCCCUUAGAGCCUAAAACCCUGUGGUUUCACACCCAAAUCUCCCUUCUUCUGCAUCCUCUAUUCGAGGUGAACUUUAUGAGGUUGCAGGGAUUCAAACUUAAUUUUUUUAACUUGUCAGAACUUUUUAGGUAUCAUCAGGAAAAAGAUUAUGUAGAAAAACACACAUACAUAUAUAAAAUCAAAGUAGGGUUUUCCCCCCCAAAUUUGAUGUUUGCUUUUUUCCCCUUAAAAGCAAAGAAAAACUAACAUCCAAUGAAUGACUUUUAUACAAUGGACAAAAGGGAAGCAGAGAUUUUCUUGUUGUUGCUCUGAAGUGUAAGAAAUAAAAUGUAACAGUAGUUCAGACAUUUCAUGAAUUACAAACCAAAGAGACAUUCCAGAUCAUAAUGAAUACUGUACAUAGUGAAUUUAAAUUUGGUAAUAUUAAGGCCUUGUCUGUACUUAGACUGCGUUUGCCAGAAUAGCUAUACUGACAAACCCUCCUUGUGCAGACACAAGUUAUACUAGCUCUCAGAAUGAAAUAAGUUAUAGCAGGACAAAGAUUUUUUGCUGGUGUAACUGCAUCUACAGUAGGGCUUUUCCUGACAUAGCUAUAUCAGUCAUGGGUAUGAUUUCUUCCACACCUAACCGACAUAGCUAUUCCAGCAAAACUUUUAAGUGUAGUCUGGUCCAAUACUUACAAACAUGACAUUUACUACUUUUUGAUAUACCAAAUUGAAGUGUGCAUUAGUGAUUUAAGUACAAUGAUCUAUAGUGACAAUGACCAAAUUAUAAGAUAUUAAUAUAUUUUAAAGGAAUUAUAAAUAUUUUGAAGGAUAUUUUGAUGUGAAAUGUCAUUUGCUUUAUUAUGUUUUCAUUUUAAAAGAUGGAUGGAAGAUUUUAAUACUAUCAGAUGUAUACUCUUUGCUUGAACACAUUUUGAAGUUCCUUUUUAUCCUGAAAUAGAAUGUAAUUGGUUAAACAAAAAAAAGUUUUUGAUGCACUGGCUAGAAGAGCGAUUUUUAGCAGAGUAUUAUUAUAUUUAAUCAUUUGGUAUAAAGUGAACUAACUUAAUAAUAAGUUUCCAAAUAAAUUUCUUCUUCACUCA